AUGGUGCCUAGACAUAUCUUUGAUGAUAUCAAGGUUGAUGACAAUGUUGGACCAUACAUACAAAGUCAUGAUGGCACUGAAAUGGCAUCUAGCUUUCACCUUCGCUGCUCGAUAGGCUAUGCGGAGCUUUACCUCCACAUCCACCUCUGCAUCUGCAUCAACUUCAGAGGCACAUACUCCUCCUACAGCAUCAACCUCAGCUUCAGCUUUGCAGAUGAGGAAAUUACCUUAAUCUCUGUGCUGUUGGGUUUGGCCUAUGUGGUCGGUGACGCCCGGCCAAUCAUCAAUGUUCUGGACUAUGGGGCUGUGGGAGAUGGCAAGCAAGAUGAUACCCAGAGUUUCUUAAGGGCUUGGGGUGUUGUCUGCUUGGACUUUGGGUUGCCAAAAUUACUUAUCCCUCUAGGAAAGACAUUCUUGUUGAGCCAGAUAGCAUUUGAAGGUCCCUGUAAUUCCAACAUCCACGUCCAGGCUAGUGGAAAUAUUGUGGCACCAUAUAAAUUGUGGACCUCUGAAUUCACCACUUGGGUCUCAUUCAGAAACGUCAACAAUCUCACCAUUGAUGGUUCUGGCCAGAUCGAUGGCCAAGGUUCCAUCUGGUGGGACUGCAAAUUAAGCAGUGAGGCCCAGCCAAUCAUUAAUGUUCUGGAUCAUGGGGCUGUGGGAGAUGGCAAGCAAGAUGAUACCCAGAGUUUCGUAAAGGCUUGGGGUGUUGCCUGCUUGGAUUUUGGAUUCCCAACGCUACUUAUCCCUCCUGGAAAGACAUUCUUGCUGAGCCAGAUAGCAUUUGAAGGACCCUGUAAAUCCAGCAUCCACGUUCAGGUUAGUGGAAAUAUUGUGGCACCAAAUACAUUGUGGACCUCUGAAUUCAGCACUUGGAUCUUAUUCAGAAACGUCAAUGAUCUCACAAUUGAUGGUUCUGGCCAGAUCGAUGGCCAAGGUUCCAUCUGGUGGGACUGCAAAAUAAAGCAGGCAUUUGGGAUCUCAGCCUGCAAUAAUGCUUACAUGGAUGGCAUAAAAUUUAUAAACAGCCCAGGAAAACAUCUCACCAUACACGGCAGCUCAUGGGUCCACAUUAAGGGUCUUAGCAUUACAGCUCCGGCGGAGAGCCCUAAUACCGACGGCAUGUACAUCCAAGCCUCCGAGCAUGUUGAAGUUCGUGACACCAUCAUCGGAACAGGAGAUGAUUGCAUAGCCAUCGGUACGGGCUCUUCGGAUGUGAACAUCACCGGGAUUUCAUGCGGCCCUGGUCAUGGCAUAAGCAUUGGAAGCUUGGGAGGCGACAAUUCUAUGGCAACGGUUGAGGGUGUCCACGUCUCAUACUCUAAUUUCUAUCAAACGACCAAUGGUGUGAGGAUUAAGACAUGGCAGGGAGGGUCUGGUUUUGCAAGAGGAAUCUCCUUCGAGCACAUCAACCUUACUUCAGUUCAAAACCCUAUCUUAAUAGACCAAUUCUACUGUAUCACGAGGAACUGCCAGAAUUCAACAUCGGCUGUGAAAUUGAGCGAUGUUCGAUAUGCUGAUGUACAUGGAACCUCGGCAACAGACGUGGCCAUCAAUCUUGCGUGCAGUGAGACCGUUCCUUGUUCUGGCAUUGUUUUGGAAAGCGUCCGCAUUGUUUUGGACCAAGCUGCCAAGGGGAAUCAACCGACCUCCUAUUGCCUCAAUGCCCAAGGCAGUAAAGUUGGUGAAGUCACCCCGGAUGUCCCCUGCUUGAAAUAG